AUGGAAAAUUUGAAAAUUAUAUACGGGUUUUCUCAUUCCCAAAUAACUGAAUUGAGUAGUGAACUAUCUCAACUGAAGUAUCAGAAAGCAAUAAUCAACGUGUGUGCGAAGUCCGAAGAGGCGAAGAUUGAAGUUCACCUAUCUAAUUUAGAUAAACAUAAAAAUUCUUAUGAUAUUUUAUUCAACAAAGAAAGAGCAAUGUCGGCCGUACAAAGAGAACACUUGAAACAGAAAGAAGUAGAAGAAAAAGAAUUAGUGCGUCAGAAAAUGGUAAAGAUUUUAGAAAAAAACGAACAGCAAACGAAAGCCGCGGCAGCCAUAGAAGAUGAAUGUGUCGCUAUAGAAAGAGAAUGUAGCUCUCUAAUGAAUAGGAACAAAGCUAUAAUGAAAAGGUUGCGACGUAAACUUAUUGAAACUGAAGAUAUGCGGCGGGAAUUAACAAAGAAUAGAUUCUGUGACAAUUAG